AUCAGAGUGAAGCACUGAGCGACUAUGAAGCCUGUGAGUGUCAAGUGAACUCAUGAAAAAUGGCGACGGAGGAGCCGGAAAUGAACUCAAAUUCUUGUAAGAGAGAAGAGGAUAACGCAGAAGAGAACAACCAGGAAAUCGUCGGCCUAGAGAGCUACAUCAAACACCCACUACAGAACAGAUGGUCUUUGUGGUUCUUCAAAAACGACAAGACUAAAACAUGGCAGGCAAACCUCAGACUGAUCUCCAAAUUUGACACUGUAGAGGAUUUCUGGGCGCUUUAUAACCACAUUCAGCUCUCCAGUAACUUGAUGUCAGGUUGCGACUACUCGCUUUUCAAGGAUGGUAUUGAGCCCAUGUGGGAAGAUGAGAGAAAUAAGAGAGGAGGCCGCUGGCUCAUCACUCUCAACAAACAUCAGAGGAGAUAUGACCUGGACCGCUUUUGGUUGGAAACUCUUUUGUGCCUCAUCGGCGAGGCCUUCGAUGACCACAGCGAUGAUGUGUGUGGUGCCGUAGUCAAUGUCCGAACAAAAGGAGAUAAAAUUGCUGUCUGGACAGCAGACUACGAGAACAGAGAUGCUGUAACACACAUAGGGAGAGUGUACAAGGAGCGAUUAGGCAUCCCAGUGAAUAUGACCAUUGGCUACCAGUCUCAUGCUGACACAGCCACUAAAAGUGGCUCCACUACUAAGAACAAGUUUGUGGUCUGAAAAACAUCAAGGGCCUGAAUCUUUUCUUUCUUUCUUUCUCUCUCUCUCUCUCUCUCUCUCUCUCUCUCUCUCUCUCUCUCUCCAUCCAUCCUGUCUCUUUCUCUGCCUCUUAAAACCAAAGCAAUAAAAACAGACUCAUACUACCAUAAACUCUUGCUAGUAGACUUUUCCCCAAAAGCCCUUCACAUACACAUAUCAACUUACACAAACUAUGAGUAUUGCGGUACAGGCAGAGUUGUGAAAUAAACAAAACCUCUGCUGCUUGUUACAUUUACACACACAUUUUGUAAUAGUAUUACUUUUGUAUCACCCUUACACUACAGCAGAUGUUCUCUUUUACCCAUCAAGAAACAUUUUCACUUUCAACGUUAAACAUUCACACUACAUAGUUUUGUUUACCCUUGUUUAAUCCUUCAAGUGGUGUUCAGAGUUUGUAAAAUAUGUAAUUUUCUUUUUUUUUUAAAUGUCAAUUUAUUUAAUGGCAGAUGAAAGGAAAUUUCUGUGUUCUUUUAUCUUUGCUGCUUCAGUGCCUAAUGAACAUAAACAUUUAUUCUAAUUAAUCCUCAACAUUUAAUUGAGAUACGUAUUUGGCCAUAGAGUGCAUGUAAUCAAGCUAAUCUUUAUAGAGCUGCCUUAUUUUCAGCAUUACCUUGAUUAAAUUUGGGGGUUGACAAUUCAAGAUUUUUUUUAUAUUGUGAAUUUUUCCAUGCAUCAUAAAUGUACAUUCCUUAAAAUAAUACUAAACUGGGAGACUUUUUGCAUUGCUGUAACAGAUGAAUUUUGCUUGUCUGGAUGUAAUUGGCUUAAAUUGGUUCUUUAGGUUUGUAGAUUAGAUUGAGCAUGAUCAUACAGUAUAUAGACCCUGAAAAAAAUAGAUUUAUGUUGAUUAAAUAUAUUUCAUGAAAAGGUUGAAAGGCGCCUCAAUAUUUAUCCCAGCUGUGUUGCAUGAACGUUAAUGGACUGUUAAUUGUCAAUUAAUGCUUAAUUAAUGGCCGGUACAACAAAAUCUCACUAAGGUGUAUCUUGGGCUCAUAGUAAAAAAAUAAAUAAAAAAAACUG